AUGAAAAAUAAUUAAAAUAGCUAAUCUGCCCAGGUGUUUAGUCUACCUGUGCAGGAUACAUUUUCAGAUACAAUAAAGUAAUUCCAGCAGCUUCGUAAGAACUAGCAAGUCUCCGAGGAACAAAAUCAGAAUUCAAUGGGCAACCUAGAAGCAUUAGCUGCCAGAGAUGUACCCCUAGAGAAAUUCUAUGUGCAAAAUUUCAUAAGAGAGAAGUUGCAAAAUGAUCAGGAGUUGAGAUAAACUUUGCUUUACUAGGAAGAUGAGUUAUUCAAUACAAAUGUAUUAGGGGGAAGCUAGCAUCAGCCUGCCUCAUCAAGUGAAGUCUCAUAGAUUAAGCUAUAAUCUAAUAUGAAUACUAACAUCAAACCAUCGCAAUCUGUGAGUAAUAGCUCCAGUUAAAAAAACUUAUCAAUUAAAAAAGUUGGAUCUGAGUCUAGAUCUAUUGUCAAUUAGCAAGGUGUUAAAUUAAAGUCAGUAGGGAACUCUAAGGAUGAAAUUAUUAAGGAUCUUUAUUAGAAAAUCUUCUCUCAGCCAACUAAUGCUUCUGGGUUAAGAGAUAGUGCAAGUUUAAAGAACCUAAGUGAUAAAAUACACAUCACAAAUAUAAAUAUCAAUACUACUAAUAACAAUGUGUUCAAUGGGACAUUGCCUUCUAUGAGAGAUAGCUUGAAAUCAAGCUAGAUCAAUACUAGGUAGAACUUAGCAGCUAAUUUAAUUGGUAGCAGGGCUAAUUCUAACUCUAAAAUUAAUCCAGGCGCAAUGACAGAAAGAAUAUAGUAACUUACUAUGCCUAAAUCUCAAAAUGGGAUACGAAAAAGCAAGCAUACGGUAUUCCAUUAAUCUAAGACGAAUACAAGUCCAUCUAAAGGGAUUUCAUAGAUACAAGAACUAAACAUGAUAUUCCAGAAUAACAAAGAUGCUAAGUUAGCAAAUUUCCUAAUUAAGAUGCACUCUGAGUAAGUAAAAUAGCAGCUCUCUCCCAAAAACAGUUCAAAUUUGGCAAAUUCAUAAAGUGUUCCUAAUUCUGCAAGAAUAAGCAGAGAUAUUUCACAUCGAAAGGACAAUACCACUCAAAAGGAUCAGAUGCUAAAUAAUCUUAUAUUCAACUAAGUCAACAAUUUUGCAACUAAUGGAUCACUUGAUACAUGCUAGAAGAUCUAAAUAAUUAAGAACAACAAAACAGAGUCAGAAAUGCGCAAAAUAGAAGACCUAGCUCGAUUUGCUUCAGACUAGUUCCCAAUAGGUCACACUGAAUUCAAGGAUUUUAACUUCUUAAAGAACUUUAACUCUUAAAACUCAAAGCAACCAGAUCACAAUAUAUAGAGUAUAUUUAAAAAUUAGCCUCUACCUCAGAGGAAGCAAUUCAACUUUCAGCCAGAAGCCAUACAAGGUUUGAAGAGGUAAUUGAGUUUGAAAAAAGUUAUGAGUGCUAACAGCAGUCCUAUGAGAUUUGCAACUGCUAAUCCCACUAUGCUAUAGGGCGAUUUCAAACUAGUGAAUGCUCAAAAUCACAUUGAGCACUUGGAUAAGAUACUUCUUAGCAACGGAGGUACCAUAAGCCCUAAUUUAGAUUAGGUAAGUGCACACUUUGGUAGAAUUCCUAGUGAGCAUCACAUUGGUCGACAGAUAAUAAGAGAAGCUUCAGAAAAAGAAGAGAUAUCAACCAAUACUAAGAGUAAUUACCUGCCAACUGAUAUCAAGCAUCUUGAGCACAUUAUUUAAUACACCUAGCCAAAUCAAAUGACUAAAAAUGGCAGUAUACUCUGUUAAAAGAAGGGAUGUCUUGAAAGCUAUCACUCAAACCAAUGCCUUUAAAAGUAAAUCAGAGAGCAUGCUCGGAAAGGAGCCAAUCUUCAAGGCGAUGAUAAAAACGUCAACCUCCCUUUAAACACCAUAGUCCCUGAUAACGGUGGCUUUGAGGAGGAGUGCGAGAACUUUAUGAGAAAUUUAUAAAAAUACUAUGAAAAGUUUAUCAACAACGAACAUGCCUUCAUGCAGAAGAGUUACUUAGAGUCAAAUAUGUUUUCUCAGAAGCGCAGAACCAUCGAGAAUCUUAUUAGAAAUAAGCAAGUCGAGCAUGGAAUUAUUAGAGAAGAUGGCUAGAGUGUAUCUGAGCUGAAGAUCGUUUUAAAUGAAGGAGGCAACCAAUAGGAGUAAUUCAUUCAAGGACUGUUGAACUCAGCAUAAGAAGAUAAGAAGAACUCAGAGAAGCAGGAUUCAGGAGGUAAUCCAUAUGCUCACUUGUUUGGAGAAUACGACUACAAGUACUAUAACUCAAAGGUACCUCCGCCUCCUAAGGAGCCACUAGGGCAGCCAUCUGGGAGGAAGCAGGUGCAACUGUUGAAUGACUGGUUUGAAAGCAUGAUGGAAUAGAAUGUGUAUAAGUAAAAGGAUUUCAUGGUUAGAGAGGACUAAAGAAAGAAAGCAUUUUACUACUCCAAGGUCAUUCUUACUAUUUGCAUCAGAGAUAUAGUCAGAUAGGUGUCAGUUCACUGCAUUGAGAGAGGGGCAUUUAUGGAGAAAGUAUUGAACAUUUAUUUGAGUAUUUACGAAGCUGAACUGCGAGCACACUUGCAUGACAUUGACCUUCAGAAAGAAAAGCAUAUAGAGCAGAUAAAGAAUAUAAGAGAGCAGACUCGUUAGCAGCUGAGUACAUUUGAGAAGCUGAUUGACAGUUUGAAUGUAAAAAUCAAGGAAAUUUCUCAGCAGAGGGACAGGUAUCAGAUGGACGUAGAGAAGAUGAAAGAGACUAUCCUUAAGUAUUAGGAGACGCAUCAGUUCACAUCCUUUAGGACAGGCAAAUCUAUUAAUAGUAACAAGAACAUAAGCAAGUUUGGAGGAGGCAAUUAUCAUGGGCAUAAUCCUAAUCACCUCGGACCGAGGCAGGUCUAUGAUGACAUGCUCUCUUAUAUAGAUAGUCCUCUGUUAGCUGGUAAGAAGAUAGAUCCAUUUGACUCUGACGACAGCAGUGACAAUUCGAAGUACAACUUGGCUAUGAAAAAGACUAAGAUAUUGAAUAAGGCUUAAGAAGGAAAGAUCUAGAGGCAAAGAGUGCUGAAGAAGGGCUCAACUAAAAGGAUUAUGAUAGCUGAUAGUUCUAGCAGCAUGCUGACUGAUGAUGACCCUGAUGCUAAGAAAAAGACCAAGUCUCAGCGAGGCAGCAGCAGUAGUUGCUCUAGUUUUGAGAAGAGCGAGUCAAUCAAGAAGAGCACGAUGCCAGAUCAAGAGGAAAGCAAAAAUGUCAAGUUUAUUGGCAGGAAUAAGGCGCCGUAAGCUGCUGGAAGUGCAAGGACUAUAUCAUCAAAUUAGAAUAAAAUAAUUGCUGAUGACCAAAUGAUGACUGCACUUUCUAGAUCGCCUAAGAAUGAAGACACGCAGCUGCAUGAAGUUGACUAAUAAAUGAUUAAGGAUGCGAUUAAUGCUCUCUUUGAAAAUCAACUUAAAGAGCUAAAAGCCUCGAAGACAAUGGACGAGAAUUAAAUCAGCAAUGGAGAGGAAGAGUAGGAAAAGCAAUCAGAUUACCAGGUGAAGAAUGAAGUUAAUGACAACAUUCUGCUAGAUUAGUAGUUAGACUAGAUAGAGAAAGAUCAAAGACUCAAAUUGAUAUAGCAGAUUCAAGAAAUUACUAGUUAAAUCUACAAGUCUAAAGAUGGCAAUGCUGUCAUUGAUGCUGGUUCUUUGGUAUCACAGAGAGACCUAGUCUAGUAAAUAGUAUAGCAGGUAAUGAGAAAUGGGUAGUAGACUAUUCAAAAAUUGCUUGAGCGCAUAACAGACGAGGAUAAACAUUAAUUACAGAAAUUAUUGGGCGAUAAAAAGUAUAGCCAAGGAGGAGAUCUGGCUGUGAAUUUCGCUGAUAUGAUGAAAAAUAACAAACUGAGUACUACAUCAUUCAUCAAGCUCGCCUAAAAGAGAUCAAUGUAGAUUGGUUAAAUAAAGAAGCUAUUCACGACCCCAGUUAAAGGGUAAGGCAUAGAAUAUAGUGAAUUUGAGGGAAUUCAAUCUAAAGAUGUGGAGAUGCAGACUGAGGACUUCAACUUUAUUGACUACGAUCAAUUGACUGUGCAAACUGCUGAGAUAUAUAUGUUUGAUAGAGUCAGCAGAAAACUUAGAAAGUUAGUAGUAGAGCAUGAUGUAUCUACAAAUUAGAAGACCUACAGCUAAUAUGAGUUCUCCUACAAAGGUUAGAGAGAUGAUUUAUUCAUACAACUUAAGAGCAGCUUGGCUAAGAAACUAGAGGCUGAGUUCAAAUUUAAGACUGAAACUAAGAACAAGCAUUAUGAGAUCAAUCGAGCUAAUAGGCAACUCAAAGCAAUCCUUCAAAGAAUAUCCGAGCUUGAACUGGAAGUAUUUUAAAUGUAGGUUAAGAAGAGCUAGCUUGAGUUAUUACCUGAUAAUCCAAGUAUCAUUGAUGAAAUGCUUUAGCAAGAAAGCUCUGCUUUCCAAACUGUAAGAUAUAACAAAAGUAUAUAAAUGAAAUAUUAGGGUUAUGUAAGAGGUAUAGAGCAAGGUAGGUCUGCUGGAUAUUUUAAAGGCUAUUAAGAAGGAAAGCAUUUUGGUCACUAAUAAGGGUUUUAAGAUGGUGUGAAGGAAGGCUGGAAUUUCGGCUAUGAUGACGGGUAUAAGAAUGGUAUCAGAAAGAUCUUCAAGGAAUGUCGUGAAGCUGGCAUCAAUAUAGAAUAACUAGAUAUCUUGGAGUACAUUAAUAAGGAAGACUAUUAUUAAGGCCUUAAGAGAUUUGCUUUUGAGAAGUUAUUUAGAAUUAUAUCUAAAAAUGAGAAACUAUAACUAGUCUACAAGUUGCAUGAAAAGUUCUUGCAAUACAAUGAAAAACGAAAAAAGAGAUUUGCUAAGAUGGGCAGAAAGAACGUGAUAAAAAUGAUCAAUCAGAUCUACCAAUAGAUGAUAUAGUCUUUUGCAGGUCAGGCAGGCAUUAACCAAUUGGGCAUUCUAGAGUAUAUGUUCGAUGACUUCUCUAAAAAGUAUGGAAAUUCAAAACUAGCUGAAAGAAAGAUUAUGCAGAUCUUAGGGUCUACUUACUAUCACAUAGACUCACAUCCAAAGAUCACAUUUUUUGGCUUUUGUUUGCAUCUAGGCAAGAGAGGCUAUUCAAAUGAUGUGCUCUUUUUCUACCUUAAUACCAUGGAGAAGAUACAGAAUUCAAAUGUUGGCAUCAAUGUGAAGCAGGAUGAUAAAUCUGAUAUCGAUAUCGUUCCUUAUUUGAAAGCUUUAGAUGGAAUCAAGAUAGUAUUUGAAGAUAAGAUACCUAUUGAGGGAUAUGGUAGAAUAAAGCAGGAUGUGGAGAAGUUUACUAUUACUAAGGAAAGAGCUAAAGUCGUAGAUAUUGAUAAGCUUUUAGAGUUCAUAAUUUAGAAUUUUUUGAGAUACUCUGUUAUUUUGACAUCAUAACUAGACUAGAUAUAUCACGCUUUUACAUUAUUUGAGAAUUACUAUAUGUACUACGGGGAACUGAUGAUGUUGGUUGAAUUAAUUAACCCUGAUAGAUUAAAGGUUGAGACUGAGAACUAUAAGUUCAUUGAGCUAGAGAAGAAGGAAUUCUAGAAUGUCUUUGAAAAGAAGAAACUAGAGCUAGGUGAAAUAAAUAUCAAUAUAUUCUAAUUCAGGGAGCUGUUUAUGGUUGCUAAUAUCACUAGCAAUAAAAACAUAGUCUACUGCUUUGACUAGGCCAAAGGAAUCAUGACCUAUAAUUAAUGCAAAGACGCCUUAGAGACAAUCUUGAAGGAAGUCAAGAUCUCAAUUGAUGACUUAUACCGAGGCUAGAAGUGGAAGAACUUGAGGUAUCUUGAGCCUAAGGAGUAUUGGUAUGGAAGGAUAUCUAGGAUUGAGAAGAGUUGUGGAUUGAUUAAUAACCAGCAGGUGGUAAUAGCUGCUACUCUGAACUAACUGAUAAUUAAUAUGUAUCUCAAUAAGAGGAGGGAACUUUACGGUGAUGUCAGAGAGGACGAUGAGGAAGUGGAUUUACUCGACCUGAACAAUAAUCAGAAUGGAGUUCCAAUUCCCACUCUGGAGCUGGAAAAUCUUGGGUUCACUCCUAAGAAUCCUUCUACUACUCUGCAGAUGCUGUCAUCCUCGGCUACAAUGAGAAAUUCAUCAGUAAAGAGAGGGAAUAGAGUAUCAACAAUCUUGAUGAACACUGGUAGUGGUGGAGGAAACAACUUCCAACUCGACGAGAGAGGAGGCUUGAGUCCUGGCAUUAGAUCAUCAGACUCUGAUGAAGACUUCCAAAUAGAGGAAUUAAUAGACCGUUAAAAAAGAAGUCAUCUGAAUAAUGAUAACUUCAUGUCAGCUACUUCAAACAUUGCCUAGUCACUUAUUCAAGCUACUUUAAAGAGACAAGUAUCCAAUGCUAAUGACAGACUGCUACUGGCAGGACUAGUCCCACCCAGUAUCAAUGUGAAUAACAACAACCCAACUGCCAAUACCAUUGGGAAUCAUCUACUAGGCCCGAUGAAUUCUAAAGAUAAGGAGAGUAGCAUUAAGAAAGGAUCAUUUUUGAGAUAGAAUUCUUAUGCCAGAAGGAAAGCAGUGCUUACAUCUGAAAAGGCCAAGAAAAACUGA